CGACUGUCAGAGUCGUAGUGUUGAAGUCGUUGUCUAAUGUGUUUGACGUUAUAUUCGACUUCGAUCUCGUUUGGGUGUAUUUAUGGCAUGAUUUUUUAUUUAUUUUAUAAUUACAUGACAGUGAGUUCAUGACUUAAAUAUACAGUGAAAUAUCAUAAGUUUAGGGUUGACAAUGUUACGUGCGUUGUUAAAUAAAUUUUGGGAUGAAGAUUUGUGGCUACCGCCGAAUACAACUUGGGAAGAUAUUACUCCUGGGCCAGAUAAAGCAGUGGUUUAUUCUGACUAUAGGCAUCUUCUGUAUCCCAUACCCUUGGCCUUUGUGCUUAUAGUCGUUCGGAAUGCAUUGGAAAAAUACUGGUACGCACCAUUUGGAAAGUCAUUAGGUAUUAAGAACACAAGACCAAAGAAAGCGCCAAACAAUCCAACGUUAGAAGCAGCUUAUAUCAAUUGCCCUAAAAUUAAACACAAACAAUUGUUUUUGAGCAAGGAUAAGAUAUGCGCCUUAGCAAAACAGUUGGACUUAACAGAACGGCAGGUGGAGAGGUGGUGGCGUCUUCGUCGUAGUCAGGAUAAACCCUCAACGCUCAUCAAAUUCUGCGAGAACGCGUGGAGGUGUACCUUCUAUGUGUUUAAUUUCUCCUACGGGUUCUUCAUCCUAUGGGAUAAGGAAUGGCUCUGGGAUAUCGAUCAGUGUUACAUUGGGUAUCCUCACCAGGGCUUAACGAAUGACGUAUGGUGGUAUUACAUGAUGUCGGCAGCUUUCUACUGGUCGCUGACGCUGUCGCAGUUCACGGACGUUAGACGAAAAGACUUCUGGCAGAUGUUCGUGCACCACAUCGCAACCAUCACUCUGCUGUCCUUCAGCUGGGUCUGCAACUUGUAUCGUAUCGGCACGCUAGUGUUGCUGCUGCACGAUUGUGGCGAAAUAUUCCUAGAUGCUGCAAAGGCGUCGAAAUACGCAAACUAUCAGAAACUAUGUGACGCGAUAUUUGCAGUUUUCACAGUACUCUGGAUUGUAACGAGACUUGGUAUUUAUCCGUUCUACAUUAUCUGGAGCACGUCAAUACGAGCACCAAUGCUCUUGCCAAUGUUCGCUGCAUACUAUUUCUUCAAUUCACUGCUAUUUUUGUUAUUGAUCCUCCAUAUGGUAUGGACGUGGCUGAUAUUGCAGGUCGCUUAUAAUGCAAUCACUGCGGGAAAGAUCGAAGGUGAUAUCAGAAGUUCUAGCUCAGAUAUUAGCGACAGUUCUCAUCAUUCGAAUCACAGCACGCCUAACAGAUACAAUAGUAAAAAAGAUAUAUAGGGGUCAGCGUCCUUAUAUCCGCAUUUAACUCGACGUGAGCGACGUGGAAAACGUAAAAGUAUUUUAAUAUAUCGAAUAAUAUCACAAGCGCUAUGAUUUACACUAAAUAGCCCAGCGUAGACGAAGAACACAGCAUAUAGUUAUAAUUUUUACCCAAGCAACACUAAGCAAUGUCAAUAGUGUUGCCAUAUACUGCUACAAAUUUCUUAUGAUGUAAGCUACGUUCGACAGAAUUUUAAUUGAUACGAUGUUUUUAUUGUUUUUUUUUUUAGAUUGUUUUUAUAGUUAUAGUGAUAAAAGUUUUUUAUUUGUAUAUAAAAUUUUCUUUUAUGAUUUUUUUUAAAGCAAUCCUUCUUGUUGGACUGUUUUGUUGUUGGUACCAAAGUUGCACGUCAUAUCGUUUCACGAGGAUAAAUUCCAAAUAGUAGGUUAGUAAUUAAUCCAAAUGAAAGGAUAUCCCUUUUCAAUUUACCAAAAAAGCUUUAUCUUAAUAUUUAUUAUAUUUAGAGAAUUAAAAUUAAUGUUCCUUCGCUUUUUGCAUUUAUUUUAUGUGGGGUCAGGUGUUCGUAUUAACGACUUGGGACCACCAUUUAUUUAAUUAAAAAGAAAUACGUUUAGUAAAAAGUUAUUUCUAUAGUCUAUUCCAAUGAUAGAAGGAGCAUAGAUAACAAGAUAGACAUUGAAUUUACAUGACAUAAUUGGUCUAAAUAUAAAAUAAUCUAUGGUUCAUUAUAAAAUGUCGUUUUAAAUUCCAGUGAAAGUUUUUAUUGUUACUUUUGAAGUGAAAUUAAUAUAUAUUAAACAAGAAAUGUUGGUAAUGUUUAGUAGAAUAUGUAAAUCAAAAGCUUCUAAAGUCAUUGGAACAGACUAUACAAAUGUUUUUUUUUUCUUAAUAGCACAAAACAAGUAUAUUGAAAUUAAGAAUAAAAUAAUGAAAAUGUUACAUCUUACAAGUACGUAAGUGUUUUUAUUACGUUAUUCAGUUAUGUUACAUAUACAUAUUAGGUAUAAAGUCGAUUUUCCAAUGUCUAAUAUUUAAAUUCAAUGUUAACAAUUUAAAUAAAUUUAACGUUACCAUCCCAAACAAAACGAAAUACGCUCUUACAAAUUCGAAGUAGCAACAUAUUUACAACGGUAAUAAUAAUUAUCAUAAAUAUAUUAUAAUAAGGUAAACACAUUAUUUAUUUUAUAUAUAUUAUGUAGGUAUUUUAUUUUUAUUUCGAUAUUAGCUAAUGGCUGGCAUGCUUUGUAAUGCUAUUUGUUUUUGUAAACUAUAAAACAAUACGACUCGCCCGCCAUCUAUUGACUUAAUUCGUAGACAGCGUUACAUUCGCAUUUAUAAUAUCAGCCUAGAUAAUGUAGUGUAGCGCCGAGCAAAAUAUCCGCCUGUAGUCUAUAAUUGUACACCUUACAAAUCUCUUUCCUUAUUAUUUAUAAUAAAUUUUAUAUAAAGUCAACGCUAAAUUAUUUAUUUAAUAUUAAAUAUAAAACUUACAUCUUGGCUGUGAAUAAUAUAGAUAUAUAUCGAAUAAGAGGAUAUUGUCCAUAAUCCUUAAUGAAAAAGCAGCCUUAUUGUCAUGUGAUAACCAAAAGUACUGUACACAAAAUAAUUUAUAUUUAGUAUGCGUCCUGUACUUAAAGUAAUAAUAAGUUAGUGUUUCACUGCUUACCAAAUACUAAUGAAAUGGAAACUCUAAAAUCAUGUUGCUAUUUGAGAUAAUUCUCCUUUGAGUUAACGACUAAACGCGGUGGUAUGUUGUCAAUAAAUUCAAUAGUCAAUUGUUUUGCAUUAAAUAUAUAUUCUGUUAUAUAACAUCUAUGACCUUUUGAUGGAAAGACGAUAUCGUAAAUAAAAUUAUUAGUUUUCAUUUAUAUUUUAAAACUACUUAAUAUAUAACACGCCUUGUAAGAUCUUUACUUAUUUAUUUAUUCGUUUUAUGUAUAUAUUUAUUUAUUUAAAUACGACUCGCUCGUCAUCAUUUGAUUUAAAUCUAAAGUAUUCAAUAAAUUCAAUCUAAUGAUGAUGAUGAGAUGAAAAAAAAAUAUAUAUAAACCUACUAGGAUACAAUUUUAGGAGAAAUUUUCCAGUUUAAUAACUUUAAAAUAUUUUGCAAAUAUUUGAUUGCUAACUUCGAAUUUGUAACUGAGGCAAACCCUACUUAGCUAAUAUAUUAUGUAUUUUUACAAAUAAUUGUUAUUGUAAUGUUAAUUAGAUAGGUUAAUUAACUUAAUUUAAUAUAGUUAUUAUUAUAGCGUAAACACUCGCGUGGCUGAUUGGAUAAGGAUAUUUUUUAAAUUAUACAAUAUGUGAAUACAUGUUAUAGCUGAAUUAUAAUGUGUAACUUGUGCUUUAUACAUAUCUUUUUAAUCUGUGUAAGAUUGUUUUUAAUAAUUAUGAAGUGAGAAAUAUUUUAUAUGGAAAAAUUAUCUUUCAAAUUUUCCCCGCUGAAGCUAGAGGGUGAAUUUUAACCGAACGCGUUAAUACGCGUUGGUUGUCUGGAAGAGAUUGCUAUGUUUGUUGAGAUUGAAUGAAUAAUAAAUUUUAGCGACAGUAGCGCUAUACUGGCCAUUUUUGGAACCAUUAUUUCCUACAUUUCACAUAACUUUUUUGGAUGAAGCUUCAUAUAAGAUACUUCUCCUUAUUAUUAAUUGGGUAAUAUACGGCCUUACUUAUAAAUGUCAGAUUGAAUAGUUAAACAUUGAUCUCUUUUAUCAUCAUUGAUUUGUCAUUUGAAAGAAGAAGACAGCAUCGUUUAACUAAUCACCCGCUAAAACAUUUAUAAGUAAGGUCUCGGUGUUGACGAGUUGUCACGCGAGUUUUACGUCUAGACUGCACUGUUUUAUGGUAUGGUGAUAAUAAUAGAUAAUUCAAUACCAAAAAUAACCAUAUCAUUUGUAAUUAUGUAAUUGUAAAUGAUUGCACAUUUAGUAGGUUAUGCAAAUUAAACACCCAAUGACGCUUUUGUAGAUUAUAAAUUGUUAUAGUGUACACCGUACAUCCUCGGCAUUCAGAAAAUGUUUUAUUUUUUUAUAUCAAUAUAGGCCUAUAAUGUGAUUUAAAUCUCUUAGUUGUGGUUGGUUAAAAUUUAGCCAGAAUUUUGCUAAUUCUCUAUAUGCUUUUGAUAAUAAUGUUACUACAUUCUGUAGUCACAAAUUGUUUUGAUAAAACGGAUCCUUUUCUCUCUUUUUUUGAUACAAUUACGUUUAAAAUUAGAACAAAAUUCUACUAAUUAUUGUGUGUUAUAUAAUCUGUACCUCAUCUUUACGAUGCAGCUCGCACAGACAUUUUUGUACAUUUUAUGCCGAUUUUUUUUUUUUAAUUUUUAUACUAACAAUAAUUAUGUUUAAGUUUUUAUAGAGUAUAUUAACGAUAAGUUAUUUUUUUUUUUAAUUUAUUUUAAUGAUAUUUAAAAAAGUAUUCAUAUUAUAAUGGCAAAAUUUUAUUUAUAAGAAGAAUAAUAGUUCCAAAAUGAUUAUUUACAAUUUAGGUGUUGUGAAAAUAACUUAAUAAUUUAAAAACUAAAAAGUUAAAUAUAUCAUCGUAAGUAAAGAGUUAAAAACUUAAUAAAAUUUAAUGUCGUGGUACUUGAUUGGAUAAACAAUACAUUGAUUACGGUCAGGGUUAUCCGACUUUUUGUGCCUUUUGUAUCUGAUUAUCGCGAUUAAGUAAUUAAAGUUAUAGCUGUAAGGCUCAAUAUUGCGUAACACUAAUACUUUUAAAUGUUAAAUGAAGAUAUUUUCCAUUAAAAACGUCCUUUAGAAAGAUUUUAAAAGUUAAUUAUCAUAAUGAAAGGAAUGUUUGCUUUAAUUAUAUAAUAUAUAUUAAAACUUGCCUGUUCAUUAUUGUGAGUUGAUAAUACGAUUCGACAAUUGAAGAUCAAAAUAUAUCAAUUAAAUUGAACCAUUCUUCGAUUAUAUAAUGUAUAAAUUCAAUUAUUUUAAUGAUUGCUGCAAAAUAUUUACAAUUUCUUUUCAACUUUCUCAACUUUUCGCCAAUAGGCGUUCUAUUGGCGAAAAGUUGCCAAUUUUUGAGGACGCGACUUUACUUAUAUUGAAUUACAAAUUAUAUUUCAUUUUCUAGAAUCGAUUAGGCUAUGAUUAGAAAAUUUAAGUUUGUUAACGGAAUGUUCAUAACAAUUAUUGAUGUUACGAGCUUAAAAUAUAAAUGUUAAAUUGAGGUUAAAAUUUAAGUGAGUGGUGAUGAUUUUAAGGGUUGCUGAUCUCUUUUUUCCUUUUAUCUAAAAGCUUCUUCAAUACCCUGCACAUAAUAGUGCUUUCGUCUAUUUUUUUUUUUUAAUUUUAGGAACUCUUUCGUCCUGAUUAAACUGUUGACAGGUGUAACUUCAUUUCAAGGAGGUCGAGGUCGGGCUUGGCAAGUGGGUCACGUACGAGAGAGUACAGUACUUUUUGAUAUAAAGCCCCAUCGGGCCUUACAGAUUGAUGAUAUAAAAUCUCAGAGGCCUAAUAUAUAGUUAUUCAUCAUUAUAUCUUAAACCUAUGUUUAUUUCAUAUCGGAGAUCUAUAUGUGGAAUUGCAUUGCCUUGACAUAAUAUAAUAAUAAUAAUUAAAAUUAAAUAAUUAGUACCAGUAGUAGCAAGGUAUUCAUUAAAUUCUAUAUUCGUUGAUUCACAAUAAUAGAGUAUUUUGUAUUCAAACGGUAUAUUUUGUGUUGUACAGUGGUGUGUGAUUAGAAAACAUGGGUGAGCUUCGUUAUGCACAAUUAUAUUUUGUAAGCGACCAAAAAGUUGAAUAAAAUUAUAAAAAGCAUUACAAUAUU